AUGUACAAUCCUAUCUGUGUACCCGAGUCGUGUAAAGCGUCAUUCACGGACUAUUCCCGCUGGAGACUUCUGGUGAAUGACAAUGGUAGACACACUUGGCAUUAUCUGAAGACCGACGAGGAAAUUCAAGAAUGGCCACAAAACACGGUCGAUAAAUUCUGGAUAGGACUGCCAACAGACUUGCCGAAGCUGAGUCCCGCGAAAGACGCGUUCGAAGCUGCAAAAAAUGGUUAUAAAUUUUAUAAGAACCUGCAGGCUCACGAUGGUCAUUGGCCAGGAGAAUAUGGAGGACCAAUGUUUCUACUUCCCGGUUUAGUGAUUGGAUCCUAUGUGUCUGGAAUGGGUUUCAAGGAUGAAGAGCGCGGGGAAAUGAUUCGAUAUCUCAUGAACCGAGCGCACCCAGAUGAUGGUGGUUGGGGAAUCCACGUAGAAGGUCAUUCGACAGUCUUUGGUACUGCACUCAACUACGCCGCUCUUCGUAUUCUUGGUGUAUCCGCUGAUCACCCGGUCUGUAUCAGGGCUCGCGGAACACUACACAAGCUCGGCGGUGCUUGUGCUAUUCCUUCUUGGGGAAAAUUCUGGCUGUCUAUACUCAAUGUGUACGACUGGGCAGGAAACAACCCGGUCCCUCCGGAGCUCUUCGUUCUUCCUACUCAAUUACCUUUCCAUCCACACCGAUGGUGGAUUCAUACCCGGAAUGUGUAUAUACCCAUGUCCUAUCUCUAUGGCGUACGUUUCUCUGCUCCCGAGAACGACCUCAUACUAUCUUUGAGGGAAGAACUAUACCCCCAGAAUUUUUAUUCCAUUGACUGGCCUGCUCAGCGUAAUAAUGUCUCCGAAGCAGACUUGUACGCACCCCACAGCAAAAUAUUCGAUGGCAUCAAUAUUGCUCUUUCAUCGUACGAAAUGUGUUCAUUUCCACCCCUACGCAAACUCGCUUUGCAAAAGGUUUACGACCUCAUUGUGAUGGAAGACGAAAACACCGCAUACCAGACGUUGGGUCCAGUCUCCAAAAUGUUUAAUUUAAUCGCACGAGUACAUAAUGAAGGGAGGGAGUCAGAGGCAUUCAAAUUGCAUGCCGAAAAGCGGGCAGAUUUCAUGUGGCUCGGGGCUGAAGGUAUGAUGAUGUGUGGUACGAACGGAAGCCAACUUUGGGACCUUGCGUUCAUUUCCCAGGCUGUCGUCGAGACUGGACUGGCGGACCUAGAAGAGAAUCAGGGGGAGUUAAUUAAAGCGCUCGACUGGUUAGAGAAAGGUCAAAUGCUGGAUAAUCCCAAACACUUCGAAAAGGCUUUUCGUCAUCGAACGAAAGGUGCAUGGGGUUUCAGCACAAGAGAGCAGGGCUACACAGUCAGUGAUUGUACUGGUGAAGGCCUCAAAUCGGCCAUCUACCUACAAAGACUCGAUUUCGUUCCUAAACUCAUAUCCGAGGAACGAAUGUGCUGGGCCGUUGACACAAUGCUUUCCCUUCAAAAUCCCAAUGGCGGAUUUGCUUCGUAUGAGCUGAUUCGAGGCCCACAGUGGCUCGAAUGGUUGAACCCUGCUGAAGUUUUCGGCGAUAUUAUGACAGAAUUCUGUUACCCAGAAUGUACCACAUCUGUCAUUACAGCACUUGCCAUCUUCCGGAAACACGUACCUGAUUAUCGCUCUGGGGAUAUAGACAUCACCAUACGACGAGCAAUAGACUAUCUACACAAAGCACAAAAGCCUGAAGGGGGCUGGGUAGGCUCAUGGGGAAUAUGCUUCACGUACGCCACGAUGUUUGCCACAGAGUCCCUGGCGCUCGUCGGAGAGAAUUAUAGCAACAGCGCAUACUCUCAGCGGGCUUGUGAGUUUCUGAUCAGCAAGCAGAGGUCAGAUGGAGGUUGGGGAGAGAGUUAUAAAUCGUGCGAGCAGGCGGCCUGGAUCGAACAUAAAGAUUCCCAAGUCGUUCAAUCCUGUUGGGCAGCAAUGGCUCUCAUGUACGCUGGCUAUCCGUAUGCAGAGCCCUUGGAGAAAGCCGUCAAGCUUGUGAUGGAUAGGCAGCUUCCUGAUGGGUCGUGGGCUCAAGAAGCUAUUGAAGGUGUUUUCAACAAGAACUGCGCGAUCGCGUAUCCCAACUUUAAAUUCUCAUUCCCGAUAUGGAUGCUAGGGAAAGCACACUGGUAUCUGAAGAAGUUGCAUGAGAAGUCGUCAAAUGAUAAAGAGGAUGGUGGUUCUUUUUGA